AUGGCCUACCAAUUCAACACUGUAUUUCGUGUUCCGUGCGAAAUUGAUGGUUGUGACACCGAUUUCGCGCGCUUGGCAGAUAUGCAGCGUCAUGUCAAAGAGCAUCAUGGUAGCCCAUUGCUCUGUCCUGAAGCCGGCUGCAGCUGGCGUGGGGCAAAGCGUAAGGGAAGACUGGAGAAUCAUCUCCACAAAGCACACGCAGAUAUUCACAAGGGGGUUGAGCUUAUCGUUCCCGAUGAUUUCGGGACAACGUCCCCGGAGCCAUCUCCGUAUGUUCUUGCAGAGGUCACACAGGUUUCCCAGCCUGAAGCUCAGGUGACAGGGUACGUCGGAUUCAAUGCCGAUUCGAGCGAUCCACGAACAUCUGCUCUUCAAACCGACUCCAGCUUCUCUGUGACACAAGACACCUCAGUAGUCUUACCUGAAAGUCAGGGUGAGGGCAGCGGAAUCUUCCCAACCCCAUGGAAUGCACCUCCUCAAGACGAACGAACUUUCGACCAAAGCCUCAGCGACUAUCAGCUUCCACCGGUCCUUCCGGCCGAUGCGUCUACAGCAAAUUUGCAUCCCCCUCUCAUCUAUCCCUACUCGGAAAAUCAGUAUGCAGGGGCCAUUAACGAACAAGAAACUCCUAGCCAUGUGCCACAAGCCCCAGGGAACGGACAUAAUCAGAAUGAAAGGGGCUCUUAUUCCUAA